AAAUGUUGAAAAUGACGUUUGUUGACAGUUGUGCUUUGUUAUCGUCGAGAUUAUUUUCUACAUUCUUUAUAAGAAAGAAAUUUUUGUGUAUCAAUACAGUCAGAUUUCAUAUGGAUAAAAGAGAUGAAGCGAAGUCAACCAUGGAACUCGUCAAUAUCCCGCCAAUUGUAUCCAUUUACCGGCACGCUGCUCGCACCUUCGAUGACAGGUACAAAAAUGAUCUUACAACUAACUUGAAUAAACUGAAAUUGCUCAUGGAUUCUCUAAAAGCUGAAGACUUGGGCUACGAUGACAAUUUAAAAGACCAUCAGUUUUGGAGGAAACCUAACAAAGCGCCAUGUACGUAUAUAGAAGUAUUUCAGAACAGUCAAAUAAAUAUGAGUAUUUUUGUAUUAAAACCGGGUUUUAAAAUGCCGCUUCACGAUCACCCUCAUAUGCACGGACUUCUCAAAGUGAUAUCGGGUGCGGUGAAUAUAAGGAGUUUUUCUGAGUAUCCCGCGCAGGAGACAAUUGAUCCCCGCGAGUUCCAGAGGCGCGCGCUUAAAGAGGCCGCGCGACUGGCCGGGGGCACCCAUAAACGACGAAAAUUAUUUGCCGAAAUAUGUAGCGACCGCAUUUGUACAGAUAAUUCAGACACUUGCAUAUUAACACCAACAAUUUCAAACUACCAUGAAAUAGAAGCCCUAGAAACGCCAGCAGCAUUUUUCGACAUCCUCUCACCUCCUUAUGACACUCUAAUCGAAGGAAUUGGACCGAGAAGAUGUCGCUACUAUUUUGUUUCUAAUCAAAUAAGCACCAAUCUAGUGGAGUUGCAAGAAACUGAAGUGCCAAAAUGCUUCUACUGUGAUCAAGCACCAUAUUUAGGACCAAUUCUUGGUUAGGUACAAAUUUUACUAUAGUUAGGUAGCUAUUAUGAAAAUUUUAAAAUAAAAUACUAAGAACAUGUUAAGUUAUGGCCAUAAAAUAGAUUUCUGGUGUCCAUAGAAACCUUGAACGUCUAACAUAAAAUUUGAAAUAUUAUUGUGCCUUGCAUAAUGUUAAUUGUCAGUAUUUGUUUGAAUUAUAAUACUAUGUGUCCAUUGUUCUUGUUAUGCCUACAAACCCAUGUAAGUUACCAUUAAGUUUUACAGGUGUCUAGAGAAUGCAGCUAUGCACUGAUAACCCAAAUUUCAGGUUAUAUAAAAUUGUGCUCUUAUUUCUUCAAAGUAUAAUAAUAGUUCUAGCUUAGGUACAUUUGAAGCAAUUGACAAAUCCAUAUUUAUGAGAAGAUACUGAUAUAUUUUUUACUAAUAAUAGGAUAGAUCUAUAUGGAAAACCUGCCUUGUGGCACUGCCCGUUUUAAAACAGCAAUACAUAGAUGGACCCAUGCUGCAUAUUGACAGUAGUAAUUAUUUUUAAGAUAUUGACAACUAGCUAGCAGUCUUACUGUUGAUUGUUACUAUGAUUUUAUGCCUAAGUCUUGAAUGAGUCUAGCUUUAGUCUUUUUUUUCUUUUCUAUGUCUAUGUAUUUCUGUCUUCUCUAACUUCAAUGUCUAUCGUAAAUUUUGCAAGCAAAUACUGAAGCUAAAAUAGAUCAUAUAAAGCUUCUUAGGUCCAAUCUUCUUACUAUUCUAUAUUCACUGUAAUAUUAUAGAUUUCACUGCACUUAUAACUAAGGCUAGAAUGUUUUGUAAAACUGAUUGUUUAUUUUUACAAGUACCCACAUUUCAUUUUAUUGUUUACAUUAGAAUAGCGAGUGGCUAUUGUCUUUGCAUGACUAAGCUGUACAAUAAUACUGACAUAAUUUUACAAUUGCAUUAUGCCAUGGUAGACUAUUCUUCUCUUUCAUCACAACUAUAAAUGUUUAAGUUAUCGCAUUAUUUGAUGUGAAAUUACCAGCCAAACUGUCUAGAUUGAGGCUCUAAAAUAUACGUAUUUUAUCAAUAAUUUUUUAUAUAUUACAAAUGUCAACAAACCACGAAUGAAAAUGUUUGGAAAUCCCCAAUUUGUUUUUUAAUAUUAUACCUUUAUUCAAUAUUUUUUGUUUAAUUUGUAAACAAAAUUAUAUUGAAUGUAUCAUUUUAAGAUGAAAGUGAAAUAAAAUAUGAACAUUCCAACAUUUUGUCACUUGCCUUGCAUCAUGAAUUUUUAUUUUAAAAAUGUUAUGAUUAAAUUAUCUGAUCUCUAAAACAUUAUGUGUAUGUCAUCUAAUAGGUAGUCAUUAAUUCUACUUAAAAGUUUGCACAUUUUAGAUAUUUUUGUAGGAAAGCGAAACUUGAUUUCUUGUGCCUUUGUGAUGCCAGAAUAAAAUUUAUGAAAUUUUAACUAAAAUUAUCUUUAUGAUUGCACUGUAUAUACUUAUGUAAGAAACAUUUUAUAGAAAUAAGUUUCGUUUCCCAAGAAGUAGUAUUGAUGUUUUAUUGUUAAUAAAAAGUUUAAUUUGUU